GUCUACUCCCGGAUACAUUUCUCUCUCUCCCCACUCUCAAGCCCUUCUUCUACAUCGAAAUAUCUCUGUCUGAAUAUAGGAAGAGCCAGAAAGAGAUCCCUUGCCACCACCCCUGCCUUGCUCAUUCUUCCUCCAUACUCCCGACUUUAUGCCCGCGUACACUGAACACUUCAAGAACCCCCGCCAACAGCAGCAAAAUAGAACCUCGUCAACUAGCCCGCUAGCUUCAAAUCCUGUACCCAUCGCUGUCCAAGCUUCGGCCAUUUCGUCUACACUCGGAGGUGGGAGCGCGUUUAGUUCGUCGAGAGCUCGGAUAUACCCCAGGGAGUAGUCCGUGCUCCCAAUCAUUUCCAUUGACUCAUUCAUUUCCCCCCUUCCCUCUCCCUUUUCUUUGGACAAGUCGUGAUCUGUCAUAAACAACUUUUGUUUCUCUCACACGUCCAGCUAGUCACACAUCCUAUCCCUUCUUCCUCGCUUCUCCCCUCACUCAUACAAUCACUUGUACUUUUUCUCUCCCUCACCUACUCAUACACGUCGAGGCCUAUAACCCAUCUCACGACCCCCCCCCUCCCCGCUCCCCUCUCUGAGGCAGGAAGGGAAUCCGCUGUAUUCUUGAGAUACCGAGUGCUAAUGUUAAGCUGUCAUGGCCCGCAGCGGUGUUAGUCGCAAUUCAGCUCCAAAGUCUCCUCACCCUUCCAACACCACUUCCCCCCUCCUCUCCGCUCUUCAGACCCCGGGGGAGAUACUAUCGCGUUCUAUCCCGUUCCCUGCCAUUCUUUCGUCUUCCACACCAUCCACCGGACCUCCGAACAGCCUUGGUUCUGCCUCCGGCGGUGUGGGAUUAGGUGUAGGUGGUGCGUCACCGCCCCCGAGUGCUCCAGCAUCGUACAGCUCUGGGGGUAAUUUCGGUGCUGCACGUCAAGUUCGUGGAUACCCUGGAUUCGAAGAACAGUACUCAUACUAUAACAAUGGGGGAUACUAUAAUCCAACCCAGCGAUUCGCACAGGGAUCGCCAAGUCCGUUAAAUGCACAGUUUGGGGCGGCGGCAACCGUGAAUACACGGUUGCACCCGGGAGAGGGUAACUUUGCAUGCACGUUUGAUACAUUAGAUGAGCCUGCCUUUGGUGGAGUAAACGGUGGCUUCAUGGGUUUGGCUGUGAGUGGGGGCAACGGGAACGGAGGGGGUGAAAACGUGGUCUGUCUCGGAUGGGAGGGCGGUGUUGAUAUCUGGAAAGUUGGAAGGGGAGUUGUAGAACAAGUUGGGCGACUAGAGGGUUUGAGCGGCGGCGUGAAGGGUGCUAAGGUAACGAUCUCUGCCCUCUCAUCGCCAUAUUUUAUUUUCGCUUCACCCAUUCUUCCCAUUAAGGCUAUUUUGGCCUGUGCGGUUUACUUCUAUUUCUGGUCUUGGGGGCCUAAUCGGAACGUCGUGCCAAUCACAUUUGGGAAGCCAUUUUGUGAGCGGGCGUUGAAUAUAUCGCUUAAGGCCUCCCAUCAGUUACUAACAUGCGUGUGCUUUUAGAUACUGCCAACACCGCCUCGGGAUGAUCCACUAGCAGCCCACAGGCCCCUUGUAUGUCUCACUCUACACUCCCCGGCUACCCCUCAGGCAGCUUUGGAAGGGGAGAGACCUCCACCAAUUAUUCAAGAGGAUGAAACGCCCUACUCUACGUCACCUUUUUCCCGCCCUUCAACUUCUGCUUCCAACAGAAGUGCACAUUCCCCAGCACAGCCAACCGAAUGGCAAACUACGGUUGAGGUCUGGAGUUUGUCUUCCCGCACGAGGAUUGCAAGACUAUUUACUAGUCCCUUGGUGCCAGCGACAGAUUUCAGUUUCGGGAUAGGAAGUCCGCCACCCCCUUGGGGUGGUUUGAGAGUAGAAGUUGUUGGCACAAAAAUAGUUAUAGGUGUUGGAAUAAGUGGAGAAUUGUAUGUAUAUGGCUUGGGCAGUGGCAAUGGAUUCCAGGGUGAUAAUGCCGGGUGGAAGUGUUUGGGAAAACUAUGGACGGCUAUCCAGGGGCAUUCCGGAGGAAGCUUUUCCAGUGAAACCGGGAUCCCGGGCCUCGGUAGUGACGGGAAGGUGACGGGAGUGGGAGGCCACAUCGGGACGCCGGUGUUUUCACUUUCAAACGGGUGGCUGGCAUAUUGCCCCGCGCCCGCUAGCUCUGCCCAUCACAUGGGUGGUGAAGUCGGUGUUCCGUUCAGUUCUCCAACCGUCAAAUCCCAGUCACCACCCGCACAGCCAACUAUCACGGCUGCAGUGUCUGUAGAAGAUGAGGCGUUCCUGAAUCGCAUGGCAAGGGAAGUAACCCAGGAGGUCAUUCGCGGAGCGAAACGGGCAACAGAAGCUAGUAUCAAGGCAUUUCAAAAUUAUUGGAGUGGGCCUCAGAAUAAUUCGCCUCCGCCCCCGGCUCCCCCACUCCCUGUGAGCAUGAUGAAUAGCGGGAUAUAUGGAAUUCCCGGUAUGGGCGCGGGAAGUGUUCACGGUGGGGCUCAGCCUAGCGGAUUGGGUCAACAAUUGCGGCAGAUGCAACAGAUGGGAGGGAUGCCUCAACAGUCCCAGUUUCCCCAAAAUACCCCUCCUCAGCAAUCGGCAAGCGAGCCACGGUUGGUGAGUAUCAUUGAUUUGUCCAAGGUCUCCCAGAGCCUCGAUGGCGGGGCAAGUCUCAACGGCCUGCAAGUCAGCAUGGCUCCGAUGGCGACUUUCCUACCGCCAGCAGGUGUGAGCUAUCUUAGUUUCGCCCCUGGUGGGUUGGCCUUGUUGACAGCGAGCUCUAAAGGGGACCUGCUGUUUGUGUGGGAUCUGAUGAGAGUUGUUCACCAUCCGCCCGGGAAUCCUUUACAUGGGGGUCAAAAGUCUGGUCCUGGAGCCCAAGACGGCACGAAGCUCUCAGGAAAUUCUAACGGGCCGGACGGAGGUGCAUUUGGAAAGCACGUAAGACAGAUCGCCCGGUUUAGCCGUAUAACACCAACAACAGUUUUAGACGUCGGAUGGUCCAGCCCUAAGGGCGAAAAGUUAACAGUGGUCACGGAGAGAGGAACAGUCCAUUUCUAUGACUUGCCCAGUGGCGCAUACCAGUGGCCUCCUCCGAAACGGCCACCGCCUUCUCCUAAUGCUAUAACUGCUGGAGCCCAAGUUGGAGCUGCAGGCGCGGCAGUCACGGGUGCGGUUAAUCUAUUCAGCAGCUCCACCCAGCCCCUCCUAUCAGCGGCUCGUAAGAGGCGAAGCAGGAGUAGUAGUAUUGGCUCACCAAGCGGAGGUAUCUUUUUGAAUGGGAAUUCCAACCGGCGUCCUGGACAGAGCGGCAGCGGCAGCGGAUCCCCCAAUGACCAUAUAGGGGGGAAUAAGGUUUCACUCCCCCAAGGGCUUGGCAGUAUCCGGCCAGGCUCGGUAAAAUUUUUGGUCGGGAGAGAGAGAGGGUAUGUAGCCCUAACAGGAGCGGGUGUUCUCCGCAUUUACGAAGUCAGACCUGGAGGUGGUGGAAGCAAGAAGAAGAAUGCUGGGGGAAUCAUGAGCAACUUUUUAGAAUAUGAGUUGCCUAUGUUACCCGACGGACCUUCGCAGAAGAACACUCUUUCUGUCGACGGUGAGGAGAAGCAAGUGGGCGGGUUCUGGAUUGGAAGACAUCAUCAUCAUCAUCACCAUCCGGUGCACAGCAUCGAACAACAGAAGUUUGAACAAAAUCCAUUAUCCUUUGCUGAAAUAGAAACGAAUGCUGUCUUUCAGCCCUUCCACACCGACAGACACGUAAGUUUGUCUGUGCACACAGACGCCGCAGGUAGCCACGGUCCUCUACAGCAUACCACCAAGGCAACCAGCUGGCUCGCAGGUAGUUCAAGACAAGCGAAGUCGUGUCGCCGCAAGGACGGGGACCCAUCUGUUGCCUCCACAUCCCCCGCAUCACUAUUGUCGUCCCCUGCGCCUGAGCCGGCGCUCGGGCGUGAUAACGAGAAGACCGAGUGUCAAUCUCCUCUAGCCACCCUUGCUCCUCAAGAAAUUUCGGCCCCGGAACCAGUCCCCGAACCGGCUUCGGACACCCCUCUAGCAGCAGCCCCUAUGACUAGCCCUACGCCAGAGAAUGGUGACCGAUGGGUAUUCGGCCUUCUCAUACCCGCAGAUAAACUGAACAUUGGCUCAGCCCGCGGCGAGGUAGAGUUUACGGGUGACGAAGGCGGGCUGGCGGAGGCAAUGGAAAGCGGACUAGAGCUUGACCGAAGUGGGGUGAGCACGACGAAGAAAGGACGGAAGGGCGGCAGAGCAAGACUAGGCCCUGGUGGCGAGGGAUUCUUUGAGAACGACUGUGAAGUGUUGGAGUACACGGGCACCAUGUAACGGUAUGGCUUUCUCACUUCUUUUCGGGUUCUCAACUUGGGCCAUUGUAUUGUUUCGGAAACCCCCUUCUUCUCCUCAUCGAUCGACGCCUGCUACUGCAUUUUAAUCGCCUCUUGUGACUAUUUUUCUCUUUUUCUUUUCUCUUUCCUUUCCCGAGCACUUCCCUUUCGUUUUCGUUUCCGCCACAGCAUCGAAUUUGGGGUUUGGGAUGGUGUUUUUUUUUUCUUUUUCAUGCGUUGAAGGUAUAGGACGAGAUUCCACAAAAAAAAAGGUUUUUCUUUUCAUAAUCACUUUUUUUUUUUUUUUUUUGCUCUUUCCUUUUUUCCCAGGUAAUAAUUGCUAUAUCGUGGGCACGUGCACUUGUGAGUCCUUUGUCCUUCUUCUUUUUCUUCCCAUUCUUGACUACCACAUCUCGCGUUUUGUAAUAUCGUUUUUUUUCCCUUCUUCUUUCUCAUUCACCCGUUACAAUACCAUACUCGAGCACGCCCAGGGCGAGGACCGAAGCAUAUCUGGGCGUUCGAGUUGAUAUCUUUUGCCUUCCACCCCGGUUUCGAUUUAGAAUUCCGAAGGGGGGGAGUGUUCUACUCCAGUUUGUAUGUACUCUAUGCUGUACUUGGGCGGUAGCAUGUAGCUUAGUCCGGGUCGUGAUAGUCUGUGUUUUGGGGGAUUGGAGUAUUAAAUUGCAUCUGCUGAGCAAGUGGGCGAUGGGCGUCACGGGGGCGAACGGGCUAAUCACGAAUGAAUGAAUGAACGAAUGUACGGGUG